CCCAGCAGCUGGAGAGCACUUCGCCCUGCUCGCUCUUAGACGGGGGCGCGAGGGCGUGCCUCCCCUCCCACCCCAGCUCGGAAAACGCACCGGCCCAGCCUUAACGCACACCUUCGGAGCCCCCGCCUGCCUCCCUGAGUUCUGCCAGACUUUCAGCCGCGUUAAGGGCAGUUCGCGGCGGGCGAGCCGCGCUGGGAGCGGGGAAACCCAGAAAGCAGGGAGAAAAUCAGCCUAGGCGGGGAGUCGCGGGGACUUCGGCCCGGGAACUUGGCUCAACUGCAGAUGCUACUUCCUUGCCCUGGCGAGUAGCCAUGGGGGCCCGCUUUGCUCGGAGUCCCAUUUUACAAGCCUUGAACCUGGGGCCCUGCGAGCCCAGGACCGGGAGAUAACUGAGGAUGAACCCAGGGACGUCAGUCUAUCAGCCACAGCUACUGGAGUCCUGCUCCUGGGGCCUAACCCGGGACUGCAUCAGUCCUGCUCUAGGGCCUAACAGGUCCUGGGCGGGGGCCUGGGGCUGCCUCCUCCACUGCACUUCCUGGGUCUCCAACCACAGCCUGAAUAACGAACAGUGUUUGGGGGUCCCAGACCUCCAAGAGCGCAGAACGGUGCUCUCUCGGCCAGCCUUACCAUCAGUGAUCUUUCCCACGGUCACCUUCCAUUUGUUGGGAGCGAGAGAAGGCUGGUGGGAGUAAACGCCCAAGCUGUGAGGGAAAUUGUCAGAGCCUAAGUUGUCCAGCCUGAAAACUCAGGACUGAAACUAGCCCCCGCUUGAGGCUGCCUGCAGCCUCCCCCCAGCGAAGCGUGUGGAUUGGGGCCUAAAAGGGCCAGAGGCCACACGAGGCCAGGAUGCACCUCAGCACAGGUGUGCUCCCCAGUCUAAGACCCCAGCUAGGAGGAGACUGGCUAUGGCCCCAAGGGCGGGCUGCACGCUUUAAUGGGACACAUGUCGCUGUGUGGCCCCCUCGGGCCCAGCCUGUGCCCGGCUUUGAGCAACUACAGGCAGAAAAUCGCUGCAUUGUCCCAACAUUAGGGCGACUAAUGUGGCGUUGCCAGCAUGGCCAGAGCGUGAAACCCGCAGAAAGGCCUUGCUGGCGGGUCCUCCUGCCUCCGCAUCUUCAUCAGGCCCACGGAGGCAUGGCAUGUUGUCACAGUAAUUAGCGGGGCUCAGAACCAGCUGGACCCAUGGACCUUCCUCAGUGGGUGCCUCCACCCAGGAUGCCUGGAGACAAGGGACAGCAAGCACUAGAUCUCCAAGCCGCUGAUGGAGAAGAAGCGACGGGCACGCAUCAAUGUUUCACUUGAGCAGCUGAAGUCGUUGCUGGAAAAACACUACUCCCACCAGAUCCGGAAACGCAAGUUGGAGAAGGCGGACAUACUGGAGCUGAGCGUCAAGUACAUGAAAAGCCUUCAGAACUCGGUUCAAGGGCUCUGGACGGUCCCCAGCGGAGCAGAGUUCCCUGGCUUCCGCAGUUGUCUGCCAGGAGUUAGCCAGCUUCUGCGGCGCGGAGAGGAGGGCGGCGGUGGCCUGCGCUGCCCCCUGGCGCAUGAGCGCGCAGGUGGCAGCACCAUGGACAGCGCCGGCCCGAGCCCGGAGGCGCCCGCGCCACUUGGCCCCUGCGUCCCCGCCAUUUGGUCCCCUGCUCCGGCCAUCGGCGUCUCGCGUUCCCCGCCACCCCGGGUCCUCUUCCCUGGAGGUCUCCCCGGCCCGUCUCCCAGCGUCCCAGGGCCGCAGCCGGCGCCUCGCCGCUGCGCCGAGAGCCCGGGGCCGGGUCUGGGGGUUUGGCGGCCCUGGUGAGUCCCGGCGCGGCCUCAAACUCUAGAGGGCCCCCGUCUGGCCCGGGGACGCAGAGACUGUUUAGAGCGCGCCUGUGGUGAUG